AUGGAUUCAACUUCUAUAAACACAAUUUUAUUAUAUAACACUGAAAUACAAAAAUCUGCACUUUCUGGUAUUGGUCACAAAGCUUCUCGUUCUGAAAUCGUCAACGAAAUCAUGAUUAAUAAAUUGAAUCAAGAAACUCUUACUCUUUCCAAGCUCCCUGAUAAAAUAAAAAUCAAUAUUUUUAAAUAUGUCCGUUUUCCAAUGAACUUAUUGUUAACUAGCGAUCUUUGGUAUCAACUUUCAAAACAAAAUGUGGUCAGAGCUAAAUGGUUAAUUUAUCAUUUUGGUAAAGGACAUGCGCUAUUCUAUGCAAUUCAUUUCGGUCCAAAUUUCAUUAAUGUUCCUGUAGUUCAAAAAAUCAUCGAAUUUGGUGGAAUAGUAUCUAGGUACUUUGUUCAAAGGUUUUUACUUUCAUUUGGUGCAUAUGAUCCAAAAUUAAUCCAGAAAAAAAUUGAACAUAAUGUGGGAAAUAUCGAUAUUGAACAAAUACGCAAAGUACAACAAAAACACGCUACACCUUGGGCUAGUGAUACUCCUCUUGAUGUAUUUACUUAG